AUGAGUCCAAAGCUUAUACUUUUCCUCAUCAUCGCCGGCAACUUUACCGGCCAAGUCAUGUCGGUCGUCCAAGAAUGCGGCGGCGCCGACGACGGAGCCGACGGCUGCACCGACAAGAAACGGGCUUUACCGCUGAAAAUCAUCGCCAUAGUGUCCAUACUGGUGACGAGCAUGAUAGGAGUUUGCCUGCCGCUGGUGAGCCGGUCGGUUCCGGCACUGAGCCCCGACCGGAGCCUCUUCGUGGUGGUGAAGGCCUUCGCCGCGGGCAUCAUCCUGGCUACCGGAUUCAUGCACGUGCUGCCGGACUCCUUCGACAUGCUCUCCUCCAACUGCCUGAAGGAGAAUCCAUGGCACAAGUUCCCGUUCACCGGCUUCGUGGCCAUGCUCUCCGCCCUGGUCACCCUCAUGAUUGACUCCAUGGCCACCAGCCUCUACUCAAAGAAGCACCGCGUGGUGCUGCCGGAGGCUGCCGCCGCCGGAGAUAGGGAGCUGGAGGCAGUGGAGGGCGGCGGCGGCGGGAAUUUCCACCACGGCCAUGGUCAUAGGAUUAAGGAGGCGGAAGUCAACGCCGGGUCGCAGCUUCUUCGGUACAGAGUGAUUGCCAUGGUUAGUGAGUAG